GAAGAGAGGAGAGGCACACAAUCCACGUUGCUUGAGGAGCCUGCAGACAUCAUGAGUGGCAAAUUUGGGCUUGGGAAUUACAGCUCGAGGAAGCACAUCUCCAUAUCUGUGCCCUCAUCCACAGAGGUCAUGUCACCUCAUAUUAAAUCGGUGGAGGAGCUCCGAGUGUUGGGAAUCAACCUGAACAGCUUCAACACACCAACACAGUUCUUCAUCUGUGUGGCUGGAGUCUUCCUCUUUUACCUCAUCUACGGCUACCUGCAGGAGCUGAUAUUCUCAGUGGAGGGCUUUAAGCCAUUUGGCUGGUAUCUGACUUUAGUACAGUUUGGAUUUUACUCCUUGUUUGGUUUGGUGGAGUUGCAGCUUACUCAGGAUAAGAGGAGAAGGAUACCAUGGAAAACCUACAUGAUCAUCGCAUUUUUAACAGUUGGAACCAUGGGCCUUUCCAACACUUCUUUAGGAUACUUGAACUACCCUACACAAGUCAUAUUUAAGUGCUGCAAACUCAUUCCUGUCAUGAUCGGAGGAGUUUUUAUACAAGGGAAACGCUACAAUGUUGCAGACGUGUCUGCUGCUCUGUGCAUGAGUCUUGGUCUGAUCUGGUUUACACUGGCAGAUAGCAAGAUUGCCCCAAACUUCGAUGUAACAGGGGUAAUUCUCAUAUCUCUGGCCCUCUGUGCGGAUGCUGCUAUUGGAAAUGUGCAGGAAAAAGCCAUGAAAAUCCAUAACGGAACCAAUUCAGAGAUGGUUUUAUAUUCCUAUUCUAUAGGUUUUGUGUAUAUUUUGCUGGGGCUGCUGUCUGUUCGGGGGCUUGGACCUGCUGUUUCUUUCUGUUCUCAGCAUCCAGUGACAACAUACGGUUACGCAUUCUUUUUUUCACUGACGGGAUAUUUUGGCAUUUCAUUCGUCCUGGCUCUGAUAAAACUGUAUGGAGCACUGGUUGCUGUCACAGUGACUACAGGAAGAAAAGCCAUGACUAUCGUGUUGUCAUUUCUGUUCUUUUCAAAACCUUUCACUUUUCAGUACGUCUGGGGUGGUCUUCUGGUGGUUUUUGGCAUCUUCCUUAAUGUUUACAGCAAAAACAAAGACAAAAUGAAGCUUCCUUCCUUAGCAGAGCUCAGAAAACGAGUACUCAGCGGGAGGAAAGUGCGUCUGCUGUCUCAGGAUGUGUAGGAGGAUGAACUCAAAAAUGGGCUUCUUCUACGUCUUACAUCAGCUGAUGCUCAGGUGUGGUUUGGAGUCCAAGAAGGGGCAGAUGACCACACAGAGUCCAUUCAGCACGCAUGGAGUGUGGGGAUGGUUGAAUCAAAGGGACCUUGAACUAGAACCAAAAAAAGAAAACAUUUGCACUGGACCAAGGUGGAAAACGGAGGAAAUGGAUUCAGUAGAAAUGUUCCAAGUCCAAAUGAAUGUUGGCCUGAUGGAAGCCAGUGACAUUUUUUAAUAGAAUACAUUUCAUCUGCAUGUGCCAUAAAGUAACGGCAACAGCUGACAUUCAAGUCAGGACACUAUUUUUUGAGUUAACUGCAAUUGCACCGGUGAAAAGAACUCAAUAAUGUCUGUUUAAAGGGCUGACAUUAAGAAAAGGAUCAAACUUAUCAGCUGCCAUAUUUGCUAACCAUUUGUUAGGCGAAAGGGUGGCAGUUUUUACAUUAAAAACAAACUGGGAAGUUGA